UUGACGUUGAUUAUCACAUGCGUAAAGUAAGAUCUAGGCGAAAAAAGAAAACACAUGGCAUUCAACGCCCCUUGUCUUGUCCUCCAUCGCCUCCACUCUGACUCUCACCUCCUCUUCCUCUUUCUCAACGCCCCAACCCGUCCCGCACACGAUGGAUCUGGAGAUGGAAGAUGAGAGUGUACGCAUCGCAGUUCGCGCGCUGGGUGCUAUGCGCAGCAGUGGUGGUGGGGGUGCCAGCGCCAGCGCCAGCAGCAGCAGCGGCAGCGGCAGUAGUGCACACAAAGGUGCAGGGGAGGCUGCUGCUCAUACAUCCAAUCGGUCAGCCCAGACUCCCAGCUCGAGCACGAGCACGAGCACGAGCCAUACCCCAGCACUAUCCCUAUCCAUGUCCAACCGCUCCAUGACGACACUCUCAUCUCCACCCACGCCUCCGCCGACAAUGGAAGAGGAUGACGAUAGCGGCAGCAAGUACCCUUCGUUAGCGCGAAUGCAGAGCCUGCCCCUUGUCAGCGGUGCACUUAGAGUCUACGAAGCCGGUAAGGCGAACUCUCGGGUUGUGCAGUAUACGUCCGAGCUCGUAAGCUCUUCUCUCCGUCACGCGAGCAGCCGGCUCCCGCUCGGAUCUGGAGAACGUAUCGAUGAAUUUGCCGGAGGCGUUCUUGACCGGAUCGACAGAUACCGCGGUGCAACCCCCGUUCCAGCAACCUCGCGCCGCGAUAAGGGCACGGACACACCUGAAUCACCCGGAGUAGAACGCGCUGGUAAUCCGGGUAAGCGGCGAUGGGAAGGACCGGAAGAAGGCGGGGACGUACCACCGUGGAUGCAAGCGACAUCCCCAUUCGUGCCGGCGCCUCCGCCUCCGCCUGCUCAUCGCGACCGACGGAAGAUUGAUGUCGACAGUACAAAUACGAGUCCGACUUCGAGCAACGCCGGGGAAGAGAGACAAGUGGCGCGGAGAAGCGGCUGGCAGGCAAUGCUGCUAGAAGCCGGUGGAUUGAGCGCGGCGCUCAGUGAUGAGAGCAUGCGCAAGUUGCGAUAUUGCUUGCAGUGGUUACAGUAUGCGACACAACACAUCGACGCCCAGAUCCUCAUUCUUCGCGAUUUCAUCGCUUCAUUACCGGGCCACCCAUCAUCAGCUUCUGCUGGGCCUGAAGUCACGGCGGAACAUCUCCGCACAUUGACGCAUCUGCGAACGGACAUCGUUCACACCGUCCGACAGGUCGUGAGUGUCGUGUCCAAGUACGCCGGGGGAGCUCUCCCUGAACCGGCCCGCGGCCGCGUGCGCGGAUUCAUUCUCGAUCUGCCCAAGCGAUUCAGUGCCGAGGCGCCGAGCGGGGGGGACGCCAGCACAGUGACGGGCGUCAGCCUGACGGGGACGGGGACAGCGGCUCGUCGAGGCGCGCGUCGAGAGCGCGGUUCUGCUGCAGCCGAAUCGCCGCGCCCCGUCAGUCCCAUCGCAUCGCGGCCGGGGAGCCCGCACCUGCAUAUGCGUCCCGCGCAUCACCACGCAGGCCAUCACCGCCGAGGCGCAUCGAACGGCAGCACGGCCGUCGAGGCUGCGCAAGCCCUGACGGCCGCUCAGCGCGUCCUGGUGCUUGCGACGGAGAGCCUGGAUAUGAUGCGGGGUGUGACGACUGUCGUCAGCGAGAGCUUGGACCGCGCGGACGCGUGCGUGUUUUUCUCCGUUUCGUUUCGUGUCCCCACACGACUGACACCUCCGCAGCUGGGUAGACCGAUUGCGCACGGUGGGGAUCCAGCGCGGCAUGGAUGGCCUCAACCUCCCGGACCGGCCCGGCUCCGGUGCGACCCCCGCUUGGGAUCGAUCUGGGACAGCCAGCCCGGGACCAUCUUCCGCCGCAAGCCCGGGGGCGUACUCGAGCGCCCCGAGUCCUGGUAUCGGACUGGGCGCCAUGAGUCUGAGUUCGAGGUACUCGACGCCCCCUCCCGAAGACGCGGAAGACGACCCAUCUCACUUGGGACGCGGCGGGACCCGCAUGGACGUCGACCAGGCCAGUGCGUGAGGCCGAGCAGGACGGACUACUACGCAUAAUCUCUCACUGAUGCCCAAACUUAUUUACUUGCUAUUGCCACUUGUAUUUACCCCUUGUGCACAUUCCCUCCAGAUACACUAUCUCCACCGCUAAAUAACAUUAACACACGCAGAUAUCGAUAUGUAGCGACGAUAUCUCCCGGAAUCUGCGGGGCUCCCGCGCCUUUCCGCUUGCGGUCUAGCUGACAGACAUGUGAUAACCGUUCUUUGGGGACCCACGUCCCCGCACUGGCAUGUGAUUGCCCAAUUCUUUGGGGUCGAUGGAUACCGCCGCGGGGCACCGUGCGAUGAGAUGAACGUGGGAGAGCCGCGUGAUCUUGACGAAGAUAUGACGUACUCGUUACCUUCCUUUUUCGGAUGGGAGGUGGUUACCCCCCAUUUUCCCUACCAACGAGACUAGAGCAGGAUCGGAUCGAGCGGAUACAGGACUAGGGUGCAUACAGUACUUGGGUCAUCAUCUGCCUGUAUCCAGAAUCGGUUGCGGCCGUCGCUGGUCACUGGCAGUCCGCAUAACCAGCCAGAGGGUCAGAAGUGCUCACGUUUCGGGAGUUGGGGGUGACAGAGGGGCAGUAAACUCCAACAAAGCCGUCUUCUGAAUAUUACUUUCAAUCUGGG